AUGGCUUGUGCUGGCGUAUGUAAAAGUUGGGCCAAGCAUGCUACUCUUAUAAACAACUGUUAUCCUAUCAAUUCUGGUGAGACGGGUCCCAGAUCUAGUGAACUUUCUUAUCUCGUGUUUUAUGCAAACUCGAAGCCUGCUAAACUCACAAAAUGUGGUGCUUAUCUGGAAAAAAGAGUAACUACCGACGUCAAAAAACGCAGGAAACAGGAUACCGAAAUUUCUUUACAAAUUAUUAGGGCACUUCUGGAAGCUUGCCAUAAAAACUUGAACUUAUUUUCAAAGAAUAUUGUAAAGAUCAUUACUUCCUCCUUGAGUACAAACGAUAUUGAUUUGGUGGCUUGCGCUACUUCUGUGUUCAUUACUUUCUGCCAAUACUAUGACGGUUCUACGCUUGGUGUCGACACUGAAUUUACUGAAAUUUACGAAGGUUUAAUUGAAUUGUUUGCAAAAUACGCAACCAUUAAAGAAUCCGAUGCUAAUAAUGAGAAAAGGUGUCGGUUUAUCGGUAUUUAUGCUCUUCAAAGCGCGGUAACUUCCGACGCUUUACAUUCUACCAGUGCUAAAGUACAAUUGCGACAUAUUGUUCCGGCAAUUUUAUAUAAUUUAAUUGAUGAUCCGAAUGGAUUAGAAACCUUGCAAAAAGCUAAUAAUGAGUCGGUUAAUGAAUUACGUCGUUUCUCCGCUAAUUUUACAACUAUAUCAGUCAAAGAUAAUACAAAUCUGGCUUAUAAUUGUUUGAAACAACUAUUCAAAGUGUCUAAUCCUUCUUACAUAAAUUAUUCUCUUGAAUCUGCUUUUAAUUUUUUGGACGAUAAUGCAAUGUGGACACAAAAUACCUUUAUUAUCAGUUUAACUUCAACUAUUCUUUCAUCUCUCAAGCAAUUAGAAGCUUUACCAACUGGAUCAAGUCCUACUCCAAAAAAGGUCUCUCUGGUUAAAGCCUUAACUUUCAUAUUGACUGGCGAUAUCCCUCUUGUUGGGCUUUCGAUACUUGAAGUUUUAGAUUGUCUGCUUCGUUUAUUGUUGAGCGGUUUGGCAACUCAUAUUUAUUAUGCAAAUCAAAUCAGUGAUAUCAUCGAGUAUAUUAUUCAACAUUUACGUUUACACCCUGAACCAAUUGAGAACUCUCAACAUUUACGUUUACACCCUGAACAAAUUGAGAACUCUCAACAAGGAAGUAGUCAUAGUUCAAUUAUGGAAGGUUGUCCAUUACCCGAAUUACGUAAAACAUUAUUAAAAUGUUUAGAUAUAGUCGUAAGAACUAAUAAAGAAAAUGAAAUAAGACAUUCUGAAAUUACGAGAUGUGAAGUGCCCGUAGAGGUAUUUCAUAGUUCAAUCGACCUGUGUAUGGAUGAAGACAUAGGUGUAAGGAUUGCAUAUGCCCAAGUUCUUGCAAGAUUUUUGGAUAAUGGCAAUAUGCCAAGAGAGUUGAAGGAAGCGGAUUCGACACAGUUAACUUACUUUAACAAACCAGCUAUCUAUUUCUUAAAUUCACUUCAUGUGUCACUAUAUCAGUAUGCAAUGUUAAAAAAUUCACAACCUGCUGAUCAUGUGGCCUUAUUAUCAUUAUUGCGUGCUUUAUUGGUUCGAUUCAGGGCAGAUCAAAUAAUUCGUGGUAUUCCAGUCGUCUUCAAAUUACAGUCUGAAGCUAAAGAUGAAAACCUUGAGGGCUUUGCUCAGCAAAGAACAUUAGCAAGUGUUAUUUUGUUAUAUUUCCGUGAUAUUGCCUCAGUAUUAGAUAUCCCAAAAUUACAUGAAUAUAUAGAUGGGGUCCAAGCUGAACGUAUGGACAAACGUCAAUGGUCGACUUAUAUAAAUGCAAUUUCGUCUGAAAACAAUAUAAAUAACACAAACAUGUUGAAGUCUUUUGAGGAAGAAACUCUUGAUGAAAAUAAUUGCGCUUUACAACCUGUUGACGUUUGGCUUGAUCGACAAACAAUUGUAUCAAUGCUUUGUCAACAUAAGGAAUUAAUGGAUAUUGGUGGUAAAGAUUUAGAAGUCAGGUUGAUGACAGAAUGGAAACCAGAGGAAGGUUUUGAAAGUGUUAAACAAGAAGGAUACCGAAUCAGAUCAAGUAGAAUAUUAGAGAGCGAUAAGCCUCGUAUAACUAUUACGUCAUUUAUGUCUUUAGAAGACAGUUCUGGUGAUUUGCCGAAAGCAUCCAUCAAAGUGGAAAACCUUAAAGAUGCUCUUGUAAACACUGAGUUAUCUGAGCAUGAUACAUCUGUGGCAUCAGACAUUGAGUCUUCAAACAACACGUUUAUGGGCGAAAGAAAAAAGAAAAACAAAAGCGAUAACAAAAAAAGCGAUAUAAAUGCCUUUUUACACUCUUUAGGUACAAAGAAUGCUUCGAGGUAUGUUUUCUCUGAUUAUAGCUGA